AUGCCUGAAAGAACACAGCUGAUGCUGGAGGAUGUGCAUGGUAAAUGUGUGUGUCGCCAUCACAGGGAUGGAGAUCAUUGUGAACGGUGUGAUCGCCUCUACAAUGACCGACCAUGGCAACCAGCUAACGGUUUAACUGGAGAAGCUCAUCAGUGUGUUAAGUGCAAGUGUAAUGGACACGCAGAAAGCUGUCACUUUGACAAAACCGUAUGGUUACGCUCGGGUCAGCGGAGUGGCGGCGUGUGUGACUGCCUUCACAACACCAGCGGCCACCACUGCCAACACUGCCAGAGCGGCCUCUACAGAGACCCAGAGAGGCCCUCGACUGCCCCGGAUUCCUGCAGACUUUGCAUGUGUAACCAUGCUGGUUCUGUAAAUGCUGGUUCCACAUAUUGUAACCCUGAUAAUGGAGACUGCGUCUGUAAGCCAGGGGUGGGUGGACCACACUGUGACCACUGCAUGCUGGGAUACUGGGGUUUCGAUGAAUAUGGUUGCAAGCCCUGCCAGUGUGCUGGAGACUGUGACCCUUACACUGGAGACUGUAUGUUUGGUAUUUUUAUAUAUAACCACGCACGUGUCUGCUUUGUGUGUGUGCAUUUCUUGUAUAGGUCUGAAUCAGAUCACAACAGCACAGCAGAAAAUCAUCUGUUUCGAACAGAAGAGCUUUUCUCCGCCUUUAGUCAUCCAGACAAAUGUUUAUGCAAACAGCAAGCUCUUGGAAGCAGCAAACUAUUCUGCAUUAUAAAAUAUGUUUAUGCAGUGAAGGUGAGAGUGUUGGGUGCUCAUGAUAAGGGCUCUCACGCAGAGGUGGAUGUUAAGGUUCUCAAGGUAUUGUGGGAUAAUUCGUGCCUCAGGCUCUCUCGUGGAAAUCGAACUCUUUAUCCCGAGUCUUGGACGUCACGAGGCUGCACCUGCUCUGUACUUUUCCCAGGAAUGGAAUAUCUUGUAGUUGGACACGAGGAUGUGAAAAAAGGUCGUCCUAUGGUUAAUAUGAAGAGUAUCGUGAAGCCAUGGAGGCCCAGCUUGAGCCGAAAAUUUCAUCAGCUUCUGAAAACCCAAUGUAGCUGAAAGACCUAGAGACACAGAGAUGUUUAAAAUACAUCUUUCAUGGCACACGUCAUCUUAGCCUUUGUUUUAUUGUGAUCAUGCUUCAUGUUCUGAAUCAUACUAAUGUUUAGA